AUGUUAAAGUUAGGGCUAUCACGUUGCUGCUCCAAGGCACCUCUCCGGGGAGACCUUCUUAAGCUCACUACAAACUCGCAGCUCGGCGUUUUCAAGGGUAGUUCUCCACUAGCGAGAAACGCAGCCGUGGUUUCGUCAGUCCGAUUCAACUCAACCUCAUCUAGCAGUGCCCCAGAAAUCAAAGACAAACUCGUGUCUUUCGCCAACGACGUCGCCGGCAGCAGCAGCAGCAGCAGCUCGCACGCCUCCGACGCCGCAGGUGCCGCAGGUGCAUUACACUCGGACCAGAUUGGCUACUUGCAAUCCAUUGGCUUGGGCCAAGGCUGGGGACCAACGAGCAUCAUUGAAAAUUUGCUUGAAAUGUGCCAUGUGUACACAGGAUUGCCGUGGUGGGGCACAAUCGCGGUGGUGACUGUUGCCGUGAGGGUUGUGUUGUUCCCGCUCUACGUCAAGGCAAGUUCAAAUGCCACGAGAAUGUCCAAGAUUAAGCCUCAACUCGACGAAAUCUUGCAAGAGUUGAAAGACGACUCCAACGAAAACAUGCAGGAUAAGAUGCGGUUGAUGGAGAAGAGAAAGAAAUUGAUGAAGACAAACAAUGUGUCUACACUCGCGUCAUUGGCUCCAGUGGUUCAGUUGCCUCUCGCGUAUGGCUUUUUCCAGGCAUUGAGAAAAAUGGCAAACUACCCUGUUGAGGGUUUCCAAGACCAAGGAAUAUUGUGGUUUGAGAACUUGAGCUCGGUUGAUCCCUACUUGGGAUUACAGGCGCUUGCAGCUGUGGCGGUGAUAAUCGUGGUUAGAACCGGUGGUGAAACGGGGCAGCAUGCAAUGGCAAAGAAUAUGCAAAAAGUGAUGACUGUUGUUCCGUUGGCUUCGAUCUUUAUAACCAAGGGUUUUUCAGCUGCCGUUGUGUUUUAUUUCGCAAUCAACUCGGUCCUAUCCUUGAUCCAAAGUCUUAUUUUCAAAAGCACGGCGUUGAGACGCAUGUUGGGAAUGCCCAAGAAAUUCACCAGCCAGCAAUUGGCUGCCGCGAAUAAAAACAAGCCCGACGUUGGUGUCAAGGAGUGGUUCAAGAACUACGUGGAGGACUCGAAGAAGAAGAGUAUAAAGAAGGCAAGGGACUAUGAGAAAAAGUUGGAAGUCACCAAACAAAGAAGGAGCAGCGGGAACGAUGGGUUUAUCAAGAAGAGAAGCUAA